AAUCUCGUCGUCUCCCACUUUGCCGGCGCGGGUAAGCCACUCCCGCGACCGCGAGCUCGCCUCGGCCUCGUCCCCACCCGCUGGUCCGUGCCAAAGACGCCGCCGCGCCGGCCAUGGACGCCGUGCUACCACCCCUCCUCAUCGGCGGUGUACUCUCCGUCUCCGUCUCCACCUCCACCAAAGCCGCCAGCCGAGCCAUUUCAGCCCCCCACCGCUCGCCCUCCGCACUCCGUUCCACCGCUCGCCAUCGGAGCCGCCACCGCUUCCCCCUCCUCGCCACUGCUUCAGAGUCGCCUUCCACCCCGCUAGCCGCCGCUUUGUCUGAGAGCCACUCGCGUUCUCCCUCAAGGUGGGUAGUGGUGAUGGAUAGCCCCCCGGCGGCCGCGGGAGGCAGCGGGGUCUCCCGCGCGGAGGCUGUGGAUUAUUACGCCUCCACACUGGCCGGGGUUGUGGGGAGUGAGAAGGAGGCGCAGAUGCGCAUGUACGAGGCUUCGUGGGAGGGGAGCUACGAGUUCCGCUGUGAGAUCGAUGAGGAAGCGUCAAAGGAGCUUGCAAAGAUGCCUGGAGUAUUAUCUGUUCGUCCAGAUAUGGAUCAUAAAUUGGAGAUGGAUAAUGAUGGUUUGAGUCUCUCGGCAGCCAACCUUGUAAGCAUAAGCGAUGGUGCUUCUAAAUCUUCAAGUGGGAGAAAUGAGUUUUGGCUUGUUCGAAUGGAGAAGCCUGGAGUUGAAGUCGUAACAAAGGCACAAAUGGUGGACCACUAUACCCAAAUCCUUAUGAAAGUAUUGGGGAACGAACAGGAUGCCCAAGUUAGCAUAUAUCACAUUUCAUGGGAAAGGGAUUAUGGUUUCUGCUGUCACAUUGAUGAAGAAUGUGCAAAGGAGUUGGCUGAUGUUCCUGGGGUGUUAUCUGUUCGACCAGAUACAAACUUUGAAUCAGACAACAAAGAUUAUAAAGGUAACGAUGGCUUCAAAUCAUCUGAAGGGACUGGAGCAGUCGAUAUCAAAACUAAAAGGCUCUUUGUCACAGGGCUUUCAUUUUAUACAUCUGAGAAAACUUUACGGGCAGCCUUUCAGCCUUUCGGUGAGCUGGUAGAAGUAAAGAUAAUAAUGGAUAAGAUAUCUAAAAGAUCAAAAGGGUAUGCCUUCAUAGAAUACACUACUGAGGAAGCUGGAGGUGCUGCUCUGAAAGCAAUGAAUGGACAGAUAAUAAAUGGCUGGAUGAUAGUUGUUGAUGCUGCUAAAACCAGAUCAAGAGACCAUCAAUCCGGUCGACCUAAUCAAACUUUUCGACCACCCUAUCAUACGAGAUGACUGUUUGUGUACAAAAUUAAGCAGGUGUAGAGUAGAGAUAAGCGACCACUAGUUGGGACAUGUCGGCUGCCUCUUCUGAUUGUAGUUCAGUGCCCUUCUCUUUUGCUAAUUGCUGGAGGAUGCUCCCAGCUAAAUAUGUAAAUGCAGCUAAAGUGUACGAUUACUAACAUCUACUAGAACAAUUUAUUGAAAAAAAUUCAGCUCAUGAGCC